GACCAUUCUUUCCCUUUUUGAUCUUAUAACCUACGUCUGAGAUCAACUUAGAUUCGAGAUGGGUAAUGACAGUUACUGACAUACUAAUAAUUACGCGUGAGGAAUCUAUGAAUGGACCCAUCCAUCCAAAUAAUUUUGCCCUGUUUGGAACUUUCAAACGGACAAAGCACAAGUUGGCGAGUGUACUGCCAUCACAGGGAAGAAAGGACCCACAUUUGUCCUUGGUCCGUUGAGAUGUAGGCGACCUUCAAUGUCCUAGCGAGAGGAGUAAAACGUUGGAUUUGUGGCAGCCACACAAGCAUCAUCACAGGCACAAUUGCAGGUGUUCUAACUCUGAACAAAGGUUGUCGUGUUGGAUGUAUUAGCAGAAGUUAUCCUCAUUCAAUUUCAUUUGAUCACUUGUUGACAACACCAUUAAAGACAAUAAUGAGGUCGGGGGUGAUGUGGCUUUCAUCAUUGCUCAAGAUGGUGCCAGGAAAGCAGUCGACUUAUUGGAGAAGUUAUCUGAAUUCUGUAUGAAUUGAGAAAAGUUUUUUUGAUUACGGAAUGUUUUUGUAUGGGCAGAGUUGCUCCCAAUUGCAUCAGCAUUUCUGAGAUUAAUCUUGCAGAGUUUUAGGACAAUUAGAUAUUAAAUAAUGUUGAUGGCAAGUAGUAGACAAAAGAGGUACACCGAUCUACAGAUAUAAUUGUUCUUGCUUAUGGUCUUUGGCAGCAGAACUAGGUUAUGUAUAUGAUUUAAUGCUUCUUGAAAUUGCUAGAUCAUGGAGAUUGACAAUAAGUAGUCUAAGAUGCUAGUAUGUUGAGAAUUAGUUCUAAAGAAAGCAUUACAGCAUACUGAACUGUUCAUAGACAUUCAUAGACAUGCACAGAGAAAGUGGGAUUAGAGUGAUUAAAGAUUGUGUGGUGAUUUGUAGCCAUUUGCUUAUUGGGUAAUGGUAGUCUAGAAUUUAGUAGGUCUGUAAAUACAGUACUGCAUCUAUCCAAUACUGCAAUCUGUAUUAGUACUUUUGUCUGUAAAACGGUUUCCUCAAUGGGUGUUCUAUUUGGGUUUCUGCGUCUCCUCAUGCUUUGCAUUGUAUCCUGGUGUAACAUCACAGUGGCUAGUAGUGGACCGGUGAAAUUGGGUCCUUCAAGCAAUGUCUCGAAAAAUCUUUACUUCCCUGAUUUUAGACUCAACAGCAAGGCAUAUAAUGACAUCAAGCUUCUCGGUAGUGCAAGCCUAGCAGAAGACUUGGGAAUCAUACAGAUCCCUGCUCCGCCUACUGAUCCAGAGGCCAAUAUAUCAUUUCAAGCAGGGAGAGCAAUCUUCUCAUCUCCGGUCCGCCUCUUCGAUCCAACAACCACUACACCUGCAUCUUUUCACACUACUUUCUCUUUCCAGAUAGACAGGACUGCAACAUCAAAAUCAGGAUCAGAUGCCAAUGGUCAAGGGGGCAGUGGACUCACAUUCAUUCUUGUUCCUGAUGAAGUGACUGUGGGUAGGCCUGGACCAUGGCUUGGAAUGCUAAAUGAUGCAUGUGAGGAAGAUUACAAGACCUUUGCUGUGGAAUUUGAUACGUAUAGAAAUGAAGAAUUUGGGGACCCAAAUGAUAAUCAUGUUGGAAUCAAUCUGGGAAGCAUAGUGUCUAAUACAACCAUAGAUGCUGCUGAUGCCGAUGUUUCAUUCAAAAAUGGAUCUGUAGUGAGAGCGUGGAUAAAUUAUGAUGGGAACAGAAAAUGGAUAGAUUUGAGCCUAGGCAAAGAGAAAGAUGACAAACCAUCCAAGACCGUUUAUGCAGCUCCUCUAGAUCUGUCAAGUUUUCUGACGGAGUACAUGUUUGUGGGGUUUUCUGCUUCUACAGGUCGCUUUACGCAAAUACAUAAUAUUCUAUCCUGGAAUUUCUCUUCCACAAGCAAGGCCUAUCUGCGUGUACCGACAGAAAAUGCCUGUGAGAGGAAAUUAUUUCUAUGGGGAAGGAGUCACAGGAAACCUCCUAGUGCCUUUCUGAUUUUCGUAGCAGUUGUAGUCCUGUGUUUGAUUGCUUUACUCAGUCUCUAUUGCAACAGGAAGCCCCCAGAAAAGCUCAAGACUGCAGCUUCUGCAUUGCCAGGAAAGAAGCAGAGGCCUAGGCCUCCACAUAAACCCCGGCGUUUCUCUAUGUCCGAGCUCUCUUUGGCCACAAGAUCAUUCAGUGAAGGAGAGAUUUUGGGUUAUGGUGAAAGGGGUAUUUUCUUCAAGGGAACCUUGCAGAAUGGCUCCCCUGUGGCCAUAAAAAGAUUUUCCCCUCCUGUAAUUCUCCAUGCAAAUCUUGAUAGAAGGAAAAUUCUCAAGGAAAUUGGGACUUUGAGUAGAUUAAGGCAUCCAAAUUUGGCGCCCAUCAGAGGUUGGUGUGUUGAAAACAAAGAAAUGGUAUUGGUUUAUGAAUACAUGUCUAAUGGGAGCCUUGAUAAAUGGCUAUUUGCUAGAGGUGUACUUCCUUCGGCUAGGAGAUUUAAGGUGGUUAAAGAUAUUGCCGAAGCCCUCUGCUUUUUACACCAUGGAUGGGAUAGAAGUUUAUUGCAUAAGAAUGUGAAAAUCAGCAAUGUGCUCCUUGACAUCACAUUCACAGCUGUCUUGGGAGAUUUUGGGCUCAUCCAUUCAAGUAAGAAUUGUCAGGAUACAAGCUCUAAUGGUAAGAGCCUAGUUAGUGCAUUAGAUGAAGUUGAUCAUGAGCAGAAUCUUCGGGCCCCAGAGAGCAGUUACCUAGAGAUUCCCAAUGAGAAAAUUGAUGUUUUUGGGUUUGGAGUGAUAGUGUUGGAGAUUUUAUCAGGCAGAAGAUCUCUGGAUCAGAAUCGCCCUAAGCAAGAAGUUGAUCUUGUUGCAUGGGCAUGGAAUCUGCAGGAAAAUGAGAAGCUGAUCCAGCUGGUUGAUCGUAGACUAGGGGUGACAUACAACCCAGAGCAGGCAAUUUGCUUGUCAAUCAUAGGUCUUCUGUGUACUCUGGAUGAUCCUAGGAUGAGACCUUCCAUGGAAGAAGUUAUUUGGUACAUUAAUGGGGAGAAGCCACUACCAACAUUGCCAUCGAGAAGACCUACAACAUGUUUUCUGUAUCCCAGUGCAACAGAACUCUGCAAUCUCUAUUCCUGCUCACCUCGUAAGAAAAUCAGUCUCUUUGGCAGUAGCAGAAAGUAGGUGUCAUGAUCACUUGCAUUUGGAUACUCCAAUGUCUGCAACUACUUUUUUCCUUCAUGUUACCCACUUCAUGCCUAAUUUCAAUUCAGAUUAACCCUAGGCUUAUUUUCCUUCGGAUCAGUAUGUUUGAAGAAAUCUAUCCUAGGCUUAUUUUCCUUCGGAUCAGUAUGUUUGAAGAAAUCUAUCCUGACCCUGUAUCCUGCAUUAUCAUAAUCAGUAUCCCAAACAAAUAGUCACAGUCAUGAUCCAAACAACAUAUCGAUCAUCUUCAUUAGCAACUCUACCAAUGUCAGUACCAAAAUCAAACUCUUUAUCCAUGAGUUUUUCUCUUCCAUCUAUUUCUCAGGUAGCAAGAUCCCAAAUGGACAUGAAUGGCCUACUUAUUCUAUCCACUAUGGAGACACUCGUUUCAUGACUCUGAAAAAUUGUUACCUUGUUUGCACAACAGAUGGGAGAUAUUUCAGAGCUUGAAAAAGCAAUCCAGAUUAAAACGUUGAACCCACAAUAUGUAUGCCACAGAAUGUUAUUAAAGUAUAUGUGGUCAAUAGUUGAGUAGUUUUCUGCCUCGUUACAUUUGGGGGAAUCUAAAUCUUUGUAAUCCUUCUGAGGCUGAUGAAUUUUAGCUAAAAGAUAGAAUAUUGUCUGUGUGAUCUCUAUUCUCUUCCAAAUGCUCCAUAAGCCUUGGAGCUUAAAUAUAUUUUAUGUCCCAAUACUCAUCGUUCAUAACGUUAUACUAUUUUAAUAAGAGCAUAGAUCAUGUGUCAUGCUUUUGAAAGAUGAUA